ACAUCGCAACAAAGUUUUUAAUUUGACUGUUAAAAGAUAAAAAAUGGUUAGUUUUUAAUUUUAACAAAUGGGAAGAGUUAAUUGUGUAAUAAGAGGCUGCUCUAAUAGUACAUAUAAAGCUAAGAAAUGGAGUAAACAAGUUUGUGAAAUCCAUUGUCCUCUAAAACGUAUGGAAUGUCAAUGUGAAACGCCUGUUAGACUAUAUGCUUUUCCAAGUAAAUUGCGAAACAGCGAUAAAAGAGAAAUAUGGAUAAAGCUGACAGGUUUAAAAGGUGCAGAUGGAAGAACCUGGGAGCCAACUCCUAGUGAUGGAAUAUGUUAUGAGCAUUUUGUUGAUGGAAUACCUACUUGUGAUAAUCCAAAUCCAACUUUAAAAAUGGGAGAAGGAUUGCCACAAAGAUAUCGUAGGCAAAAAUCCAAAUGUAAAAAUGAUAAAACUCAAAUUCGACAUUCUCUCGAAGUUUUAGCACAAGUUGCAGCAGAAGUAGAGUUAUCAAAAACUGAAAUUGAUUAUCAGAAAAAUAUUCUUGAAGACCAUGAUUAUAUUAAUAUAGGUGUGCCUGUUGAUAUUGCAGGAAGCUCUUGCAUGUCUUGUCAAAAGUGGAAAUGUUUAUAUCAAGAGUUACUAAGAAAAAAUCAAGCAUUGCAAAUGACAAUUUUAGAUUUAAAAAAAAAGCAUGAAAAUGUUGUUUGUAAUGAGAAAGAAUAAACGGAUUGUACUUUAAAAAAAUAAAUUUUGUUUGCUUCAAAACUCAACGCCCUGCUUAUCAAAGUCUGUUUCAAAGUUGCAAGUGAUAGUUAUCACCAUUAAGUUACAUCAUGAUGGUUAAGAUAAAAGAACAGAGGUAUCAGAUCAGAAUAUAAACUCAAUCAAACAAAAUGAAAAGGAGAAAAUAAUUAACACAUAACAAAAGGACAAAAAUACUGAUCUUUUAAAUGUAGCAGAUUUUCAAGUUGUGGAUGGAAAUUCUUUCUGUCGAGUCACUCAAAAAGGUAUCGAAAGUAGAAAAGAAAACGCAAAUUCAAAAAUAUCGACUAAAUAAACUUUAUAGUUAUAAUUUGGAAAAAUCUAGUACUCAUUUUGGUUUUAUAAAUUAAAAAAAAAAAUCAGAAAAAAAGGUUAGGUAAGUUUUAGGUAAAAAAGCUUUGCCUAAAAAUUUAUUUGAGUCUUACCAAAAAGCAGCAUGUAUUAUUGAUUGCACAGAGAUUUUUAUACAAAGACUAUUUACCUUGCAUGCACGAGCUCAGACUUGGUCAAACCUUAUAAAUAUCAUAAACCAUAAAAUAUUUAAUUACGGUUACUCCUCAUGGAGUUAUUUUUUAUAUUUAUGGAGGAAGAGUAUCACUUAAGCAAUUGACAAACGAAUGUAGUUUUUUAGAUUUUUCAGACACAGGUGAUAUGAUAUUAGCUGAUCGAAGUUUUACGAAUAAAAAAAAUUUUGCAGCGAGAGAAGCAGUGUUACAAGCACCUAGUUUUACACAAAAAUUGCAGUGAUCAGCACAUAAAGCUAAUUAUUCACGUAAACUUGUUAAUCUGAGAAUACAUGUUAAAUGAAUGAUUAGUCAAAAAAUAUCAAUUGCUUCAAGCGGGAGUACCUUUAUCAGACCAUAAAACUAUUAUGAGCAAAAUGUGUUGAUGUAAAACAUUUUUCUGCAUGUUUUCAUUUAUAAGAAA